AUAAAAAUCACACCAUCUCCAAUCAAUCUUUUCCAGCCGACGUAAAACCGAGAAAAGCAUGGCUGCCCUCGUUAGAAGGUCUCAGAAUUUAUUUAAAAAGUGGAACAAACAUGUCGUCGUUUCGCUGGCCCUGUCACGAGCUGUGGCCUCCAAGACGCAGGUGGGGUUUGUCGGCUUGGGGAACAUGGGAAGGCCCAUGGCUAAGAACCUGCUGAAGCAGGGUUAUCCCAUCAUCGCCACAGACAUUUUUCCCGAGUCGUGCAAGGAGCUUCAAGACCUUGGCGCUCAGAUUGUGGACUGCCCUGCUGAGAUCGCUGACAAGACUGACCGCAUCAUCACCAUGCUGCCCUCCAGUCCCAAUGUGAUCGAGGUCUACACUGGAGCCAAUGGCAUCCUCAAGAAGGUUAAGAAGGGCUCCCUCCUCAUCGACUCCAGCACCAUAGACCCCGCUGUUUCCAAGGAGAUGGCGGCAGCCACAGAGAAAAUGGGGGCUGUGUUUAUGGAUGCCCCGGUAUCUGGUGGUGUGGGAGCAGCGAACACGGCGAAGCUGACGUUCAUGGUGGGUGGGGCAGAGGAGGAGUUCACCGCCGCCAAAGAGCUGCUGAGCUGCAUGGGGGCCAACGUGGUCUACUGCGGCCAGGUUGGCACAGGACAGGCAGCGAAGAUCUGCAAUAACAUGCUGCUGGCAAUUGGGAUGAUUGGGACGGCUGAGACCAUGAAUCUUGGGAUCAGGUUAGGCCUCGACCCCAAGCUCCUGGCCAAGAUCCUGAACAUGAGCUCUGGCCGCUGCUGGUCCAGCGAUGCCUACAACCCCGUCCCCGGCGUGAUGGAGGGGGUGCCGUCUGGGAACAACUACCAAGGUGGUUUUGCCACAACUCUGAUGGCCAAGGACCUGGGACUAGCCCAGGGCACGGCGACGGACACGAAGACCCCCGUCCCGCUCGGCUCCCUGGCACACCAGAUCUACCGCAUGAUGUGUGCCCGCGGAUAUGCCGGCAAGGAUUUCUCCUCGGUUUUCCAGUUCCUCCGUGAGGAGGAGGAAUGAGGAAAGGGAGGGCGGGGCCCCGCAGCCCACCCCCACCUCGCCUGCCUAGGCUCCAAGCACAGUACGAAGUAACAGGGAAGCCUUGGUGGGUUGGGGCACAUCUGUCAUGCCUUUCAUUUGAAGUGUAGGCAGGGUAGGUGAUCGGUAGAUAAUGUGAACUCCUGUUUCUCCUUUUUGGACAAAUCUGUUACACGUGCAAUGCAGCUGUUCUCACUCUCGAUUUGGCGAGUUUGAAUGUUGAAUCGUGCUUAUUUCAGGCACGGUCGAUUUAUCAUGGGGACAACACUGCAUGAGAGGGAAGACCUGCAAAGAAACUUGCUAUGGUUUUAAAGGGGAGAUGAUAUCAAGUUUAGACUCCAUGGCCAAACUCGGUCUCGAAGCUGUGAGAUGCUUUAUUCUUCCAGUUACUGAUUGCUUAAACACUCCCCCCUUUUUUCCCUGUUUGUUAGGUCCAGAGGGUAGGUAGUAAUGGGAUUUAUGAGUGUAAAUACUGUAGGAUGUUAUCCCCAAUUACUAAUGUGCAAUUUCUGUUUUUAAAUUAAAGAUGAGCAUUUCUGUAACCAUGA